AGGGCUGAGCUGCGACACUUAGACACAGGGAGGCAGAGGUGUGAAUGAGUUAGGCACAGAACGAAAGGGACACUUGGAGAGUAAUUUCAGUCUUUUCUUUGUUUUGUUUGUUUCAUGUCGGUUGUGUUCAGACCGAAAGAAAGUUGGAAAUAGAUUACAACAUAUCCGGGCGAGAGAGAGAGAGAGAGAGAGAGAGAGAGAGAGAGAGAGAGAGAGAGAGAGAGAGAGAGUGAGAGAGAGAGAGAGAGCACCCUGUAAUUUCUUUGUAAAGACGGGUGAAGCAGUUUCUCUGAGGGACGCUGAAGAGCGCCGGUUGCAAUGAUACGGAUUUGGGUAACUUGGCUUUCCAUGGUGUCCAUCACCGGGAUGGUGGACGGUGCCCGUGGUGGAUACGGGAUGAGUAUGUUUGCGGCUCAGUCCUCCCCUCCGGACCCGUGUUACGACGAGAACGGCAACCCGAGACGCUGCAUCCCCGACUUCGUGAACUCCGCGUUCGGAAAGGACGUGCGCGUCUCCAGCACCUGCGGCAGUCCUGCGUCCCGGUACUGCGUGGUGACCGAGAAGGGAGAGGAAAGAUCCAGAGAUUGCAACAUCUGCGACGCGUCGGACCCCAAGAAGUCGCAUCCACCCGCGUAUCUGACAGACCUCAACAACCCGCACAACCUCACUUGUUGGCAGUCGGAAAACUACGUGCAAUAUCCGCAAAACGUGACCCUGACGCUGUCCCUUGGCAAAAAAUUCGAGGUGACCUACGUGAGUCUCCAGUUCUGCUCGCCUCGCCCUGAAUCCAUGGGCAUUUUCAAGUCAAUGGAUUAUGGCAAAACCUGGGUGCCCUUCCAGUUCUACUCAACCCAGUGUAAGAAAAUGUACAACAAGCCAAGCAAGGCGGCGAUCACCAAGCAGAACGAGCAGGAAGCGAUUUGCACGGAUUCCCACACAGACAUGCAGCCUUUGACAGGUGGCCUCAUUGCUUUCAGCACCCUGGAUGGCAGACCCUCGGCGCACGACUUUGACAACUCCCCCGUGCUCCAGGACUGGGUCACGGCCACCGAUAUCAAAGUGACCUUCAACCGGCUCCACACGUUCGGGGAUGAGAAUGAAGAUGACUCGGAGCUGGCCAGGGACUCGUAUUUUUACGCGGUGUCGGACCUGCAGGUCGGUGGUCGGUGUAAGUGUAACGGACACGCGUCGAAGUGCGUCAGAGAUCGGGAAGGAAACCUAGUGUGCGAGUGCAAGCACAACACGGCGGGACCGGAGUGUGACAGGUGUAAACCGUUCCACUAUGACCGGCCGUGGCAACGCGCAACAGCCAGAGAGGCGAACGAAUGCGUCGCCUGUCACUGUAAUCUACAUGCUCGUCGCUGCCGCUUCAACAUGGAGUUGUACAAACUAUCUGGCCGCAGGAGUGGAGGGGUCUGUCUCAACUGCAGACACAACACAGCCGGACGGCACUGCCACUACUGUAAAGAGGGUUAUUACAGAGACAUGACCAAAGCCAUCUCCCACAGGCGUGCCUGCAAAGCAUGUGAUUGCCAUCCAGUUGGCGCAGCUGGUAAGACUUGUAACCAGACGACUGGACAGUGCCCAUGCAAGGAUGGUGUGACUGGUAUCACAUGCAACCGCUGUGCUAAAGGCUACCAGCAAAGCCGUUCACCAAUCGCACCCUGUAUCAAAAUCCCUGUUGCAGCACCUACGGCCACUUAUAGCAGUUCAGAAGAGCCAGCAGAUUGUGACUCCCACUGUAAGGCCUCCAAGGGCAAGAUGAAGGUCACCAUGAAAAAAUACUGCAAAAAAGAUUUUGUUGUCCAGGUUCACGUACUAAAAGGAGACAAGGCGGGCGAAUGGUGGAAAUUCACCAUCAACAUCAUAUCCGUCUAUAAGCAGGGCGGACACCGCAUUCGCAGAGGAGACCAGCUCCUGUGGGUUCGUGCUAAAGACGUGGCGUGCAAGUGUCUGAAAAUCAAACCCGGCAGGAAGUACCUGCUCAUGGGCUCCGAUGACGACGACUCCCGCGGGCAGAGCGGCGUAGUGGCGGACAAGAGCAGCCUGCUCAUCCCUUGGAAAGACCUGUGGUCCCGUCGGCUUAGAAAGUUCCAGCAACGUGACAAGAGGGGCAAAUGCUAGAGGGGAAACAUUGAAGAACAGAAGGGAAGACAAAAUAAUGCACCUACGUGUUGGAGCAGAUGGUUGUUGUUGUUGAUAACAUUGAUCAGAACUGUGGUGAAGGACAACCGGUUUUGCAGUUUUGCCUUCAGUUGUUAGUCUUUUUUUUUUCCCCCAUCAAGAUUUUAUUUUUUCAUAUCUACAAUUUUGCAGAAUUUGCACCUACUAUUAAGUAUACAUAUAUGUAAAGUCUUGUUUGUGUGAUCCUUUCUGGUGUCUCUUUAUGAUUUCUGUCUUUUUUCACAAAGGAUGAAAGAGAAACAAGCUACUGAGUCACUAUCUCUAUGUGUAAAUGUUCCUUUAGAAGUAGUGUGUCGGCUUUUAGGAUGGUCAAGUGAAUAUUUCAAAGCUCAAAGUACUUACACUACCAGUCAAAAGUCUGGAUAUACCACUUGACUGAAAUGUAUCUCAUAAAAGGCUUUUGCUUGAGUGCAUGAAAUGAUUUUGCAGGCGUAUGUAACUUCUUCACAAAAAAUGUAUCUGAAUGACUCCUUUAGUUAUAUAUAAUAUAAGUUGUAUAAGAUAGCAUUCUCUUGGGCACCACGUAAUUCUCAUACUUCCAAUUAUAUUAUUUCAUAUAGUUUUAAUGACUUUACUAUUCUAAAAUGUGGAAAAUAGUAAUAACAAAGAAUAUGUGUGUCAACUUUUGACUGGUAGUGUAUAUUAUUUAUAGUUUCAUGGUGGUAUUUGCAAGGCAUGACUAUGAUAGAACCGUAAAAAAGAGAGCGUUUAGUCUAUCUGCGGUUUUAAGCCAAUGCACGCCAAAAUAAGGUAAUACGGUCUAACCAACAUGUCUUUUACAUUCUUUUCUCUCAGAUAGAAAAUCUGUUGACAAUACCUCACUGAAGAAGUAUUUUGAUUGGUUCAAAAUGGCAUGGCAUCAUAAUGACAUGACAUCAUAAUGUUUAUUUGGAGCCAAAAGCUUAGCUGCUACUUUUGGCCCUUGAUACUAACUGUGGCGAAGCGGUCUUUGAAGUGUGAAGUCUACCUUCUUUUCCAAAACUAGCUAUAGUAUGAGUUUAGUUAUACAAAUAGAGUAUUUUUUAACCACUUCAUGAUCAUUUUUGAUUGUAUUUUCAUUAUGAACCCUCAUUAUUGUGAAAAAUGUACAGUAUAAAUCUGAGAUUUCGCAGAUAUUUAGAAUGUAACAGCCCAAAUCCCCCAAGAUUAGAUGUCUUGUUGUCUAUAAACUUGAAGAAUGUUUUAGAUAAGCUUAAUGUCCUUUCAUUGUCCAUUUAAAUGUCCUUAGAGUUCUGAAAUCAAGACAACUAAAACUUGUGGUCAUACUUUAAAGUUCUAGAUACUUCAUAUGAGACAUACUAUACGUUCAGUGUUAAAGUUUAGUGAUGAUAACAAAUCAAUUUAUUAUAGCCUGAUUUGAAUACACUUCCAAUAUUUUCUUUGGAUGGUUUUCGCAGCUAUAUUUACCAAUGUACCCAAAAUGCAAGGUUACAUCCUUCCAAAAUAAAUGAGUUAAAUAUGGCUCUCAUUAUCAAGCGAAACAAGCAAUUUUCUGUGUUAUCACUCAUGUGGUACCUUUGUGUUCUGGUACUGGGUGUGGUAAGCUCUACUGUUAUUUGUAUAGUUGUAUAGUUUUGGAUGUUUUUUGUACAAUAUGUAGUAAUUAUAUUCACAUUCAAUUAACCAUUUUUAUGCCAUGAACUUGAUAUUCUGAAAAGAAAAAUAAAGAUUUUUAGAUAUUUCUUUUUUUUUUUUUUUUACAUGAGCACACAGGCACACACAAAUUAACAUUCUUUUACUGUCAAGCUAUGAAAUUCUGACAUUGAAUAAGUCAAUGACUGCAGUUUCUGUAAACUCACACGUGGUCUAGUCUUUGGAGACAUCCUGACCUCUCAAGUACACUUUGACCAGUUUUUCAGACAUUUUGGAAAACUACUCUUUUGUAUAUGAUGUUUUACUGUAUACUUUGCAAAAGCUGUGUAUUGUCAAGUAAUGCAUACUAAUAUAUUAUGAUUCUCAUAAAUGAACAUAUUUAAUGAUACAUCAACUCACAUGGCUGUGUGUUUAUUUUUGGCA